AUCCGUGGAGGUCUACCCUCUGUUCCUGACGUAACAUUUUGAAUGGAGUUGAAGGGGAAAUUCUUCUUCCAUUUCGAGCUUCUUUCUUCUUCUUCUUCUUCUUCUCAGGCUUUCUAAUACCAGAAAAUUCUCAGGGCUCACGGAGACAUACAGGAACGAAAAAAGAGAGACGCUUUGAUUGAGUGAGUUGUUUUGUCGUUACAGGAAUUGGAGGAUAUAGAAGCCAUGAAGACUCCGCUGAAAAAGUUACGAGGUUUCGGACUUCACAAACAUGAGUCCAAGGAGCGAAAAGAUAUUCGGCCUUUGUCAAAAUUGGACGAGCUAGCUCAGGCUUCGCUGGAUAUGCAAGAUAUGAGGGACUGCUAUGAUGGCUUACUUUCCGCUGCUGCGGCGACUACAAACAGUGCUUACGAAUUCUCAGAGUCAUUGCGGGAAAUGGGUUCUUGUCUUCUCGAGAAAACUGCAUUGAAUGAUGAUGAAGAAAGUGGCAAAGUUCUGCUAAUGCUAGGAAAAGUACAGUUUGACCUGCAGAAACAUAUUGACAGCUAUCGCGCUCAUAUAGUUCAAACAAUCACAAGCCCAUCAGAGUCUCUUCUUAACGAACUUCGAACAGUUGAGGAGAUGAAGCGCCAAUGUGACGAGAAAAGAGGUGUAUAUGAGUAUAUGAUAACCAGACAGAGAGAAAAGGGGCAAUCAAGAAGUGGGAAAGGGGAGAGUUUUUCUAUGCAGCAGCUAGAAUCUGCUCGUGAUGAAUAUGAUGAAGAAGCAGCCUUUUAUGUAUUCCGGUUAAAAUCUUUGAAGCAAGGACAAUCCCGAAGUCUUCUUACACAGGCAGCUCGUCACCAUGCUGCUCAGUUGUGCUUCUUCAAGAAGGCUGUUAAAUCUCUUGAGGCAGUAGAACCCCAUGUGAAAUUGGUAACUGAACAGCAGCAUAUCGAUUACCAGUUCAGCGGACUUAAUGAUGAGGAUGAAGCUGGUGACGACGACGACGACAGCAAUUAUGACGACGACGACAAUGACAAUGAUGAUGCCUAUGAUGAUGGAGAAUUGAGUUUUGAUUAUGGACAAAAUGACCAAGAGUGUGAUGUUUCUACACCACGGAAGUCAAUGGAGCUGGAUCAGGUGGACAUUACAUUUCCCCAGGUUGCAACUGUGGAAGCCGUCAAGGAAAAUCUGGGUAGGCUCCACAAUAAUUCUUUUGCCUAUAGGGUGAGACCAGGCAGCCAAUCGGCCCCACUUUUUGCUGAGAAUAAAUUUGACUCUGCUGAAAAAAUAAGACAGAUUCGACAGUCAUCAACACGCAAGUUGCAAACUUAUGUCCUACCCACUCCGGUUGAUAUGAAGAGUUCAAUUUCUGCUGGAUCAGGUAACCCAAUGCUUCACAAAACAGAGGCUACUCCAAGUGGGCGUACAAGGAAUUUGUGGCAUUCAUCCCCAUUGGAUCCCAAAAGGUUAGAAAAAGUUUUGGUAGAUGAGAGACUCUUUGGACCCACUGAUGUAAAUGCUCAUGCUGUACUUGAUAGCAACAACACUGCAUACACACGCUUGCCCCCUCCAUCUGAUGGGCUUUUGUUUUCACAUCAGAAUACACUUUCAGCUUCUGAUCCAAAAAAACUCAAAAUACAUGCUUUUUCUGGUCCAUUGAAAAAGCUGGUCUCAGUGGAACAUCCCCAUUUGUAUUCGGGACCUCUUCUUCAAACAUCUCAACUUCCAUCUACUUCUCCAAAAGCAUCUCCAAGUGCUUCCCCUACCUUUAUGUCCUCACCCAAAAUAAGUGAGCUUCAUGAACUUCCUAGGCCUCCUGCAAGUUCAACCUCCAAGUCUUCAAGACCUGAGGGUUUGGCUGGUCAUUCAGCCCCCUUGGGGUCCAGGGAUCAAGUGCUUUCUCUCAUAAAUAAGUCUGGUGUCUCAAAUGUACCAUCUCCACUGCCAAGACCUCCACUAAUUAUUUCUCGUAGUUUCUCCAUACCUUCAAGUAGUCCUAGUGUGGCAACUUCCUAUGCAUCGAAGCCCCUGAAAAAUCAUCACAGCAUAGAGAUGGCUGAAGGCAUUGAUUCCCCCCCUUUGACACCAUUAGACCUUUCACGCAACUGGCCAUCUUCAGCUGCUUCUGAGACUGUCAUUCGCGUUGUUCAAAUUAGAGGGACUCAUACGAACUCUCUGGCGACACAGUAAUUGAUGGACCUGUCCAGGUGCAUGCGGAUUGAUCUAUUCAUAUUCAGUGCCGAUUUUGUUUUCGAUUUGGCAAUCCAAAAACUCGUGGGGGGUGACAUUGCUUCUCACCAUUUCGUACAGCUGCAGAUCUGUAAAUUUGUUAUUUUUGUAUAAUUUUUUUGUUUUAUUUUAUUUUAUCUAUUAUAUUAGCCAAUUAAUUAUACUUUAAUGGGUACCCGGCAUGGAUUAAUUGAAUAAAUGCCAAAGUGUUCCAUCAUUUUUGGGGAAUUUGUAUUUUCUUCUAGCAACUAAUAGUCAAUUGCUCUCUUCUUUUUUCUUUCA